UUCGAUUGAUCCACUCGACUUGUAAAUAAAUAUGGAAGGUCUGUUAAAUACUACGAAUCUCCCGAUUUCACCACAAACUACCGUUGAAGAUAUCAUUAACUUUUCUAAACCUGAAAUUCAGUCUUUUCUAAGAGCAAACCAUUUAAAAAUCAGCGGCAAUAAAUUGACACUUGCCCAACGUAUUGUUGACACUAUUCACAAAUCCAAGAACACGACGCAUGAUCAAGGUGUUUCUUCAAUUAACGAAGAUAAAACAGAAAUUACACUUGACCCACAAGAGUCAAAAGUGCCAUGCAUUACUGAAUUGACAGCUGGGUGGAGCGGAAACGAUGACAAGUUCCCCAGAAUCAGCAUAACUGAUAUUGAAAACUACCUUAUUCACAGUAGUCACAGAACCAAUGAUGCAGGGAAAAUGCAAUGCUACCGCCAGUACAUUCGAGGAUUGAACUUCUAUAAGGAGGGGUACAUACAUAAGAUGAUGAUAAAUGAGAUCAGUCUAGACAGCCCAGUCUCUUAUGUAAGAUCUAAAUGCUACCCAUCCAUGCAAAAAGGUGUCUAUGAGCAAUGGGUUUUGAUAAGCAAGCAUGCUCCCUUCCAAAUACUGAAGGCCAACUGCACAUGUCCUGCAGGAAAUGGUGAAGGCUGUUCCCAUGUGGCAGGGUUACUGUUUGCCUUAGAGGGGAGACCAAUAACACCAGUGGAGGAUGAUGACAGUGUCCCAUGUACCUCCAAGCCCUGUCAAUGGAACCAACCUAGUAAAAGGAAGAAAGAAACAAGACCAGUUAAAGAUUUAACUUUCAAAAGAAUAAGGUAUGAAGAUAAUAUUUCACCUAAACAGAAGAAAACACCAAAGUACAAGGUAGACCCUGUAAAUUCAGAGAUACAUUAUGUGCAAAUCUUGGAAUCAGUCAAAAGCAGCCUUGUUUGA